AAUGUUGACCACUUCUCAGGGGACUUCAUUGCUGAACCCAUUGGUGAUAAACCAGUGACUGCACUGUCAGGAAUUGGAGAAGUCUUCGGAAAGAAAAUGGAGGAGCAAGGUUUUGACAAAGUCAGUAAAUUCAUUCCUUUUUACUAGCAUACAUUCUAGACUAGAUGGCUACAUUUGCCAAAUUAGUUCAAUUACAUUUUGGGGUGUCAGAAAUGGGCAGUUCUCCCAAGUUGUCAAGGAGUUGGCCUCGGCAAAUGGGGACUUUUAGGCCCCAUUUUAAAAAGGUCAAGUGUUUUCGUUGAUGGAUUUUCAAUCCUGGUUCUACAUGCACAUGUUUGUUCUAUCUCUGUAGCACCAACACGCCUGAUUCAACUAAUCAAGCCCCUGAUUCACUAAUCAGGUGUUAGUGCUGGGCAAGAACAAAAAAAGUACACCACUGUGGGUGCCCAGGACCAGGAUUGUUUUGAUUUUCCACCAUGGACAGUAGCCCCACAUCGCUGACCUGCACUCAGAGGAGGACCACUGCAACAAAGUAAUAUUUCCUCAUUUAGGAUAACUGCUGCAUCUCCUAUUUUUAGGCCUUUGCGGUCCUGGGACAGUUCCUGCUGCUGCGGAAGGACGGGGAGCUGUUCACUGAGUGGCUGAAGGACACCAGCUGUGCCCACACCAUUAAUGCUGCAUCCUGCUCCCAUUGCCUGAGCGAGUGGUGUGACGCAUUCCUA